CUCUUUGUCUCCAUUCCUCAUUCCUUCCUUCAAUUCCUUCCUUCUUUAUCUAUAUAUUCAUCAAUCAACGUAAGGAUUUCCGAAACCUUCUACGAGAUUAUGGUUGAUGUUUUGCUAGUAUAGCUAUAUAAUUACUCCAUAAGUUAACGUCAGGAUUUCCGAAACCGACGCCGACAUUACUUUACUGCCGGGAGGAUUUGAUCGAUCGAAUCUCCGAUCUGGUUAACCGUCGCAACCGAAGUGGUCUCUGGAGAUUCGUCGGAAGAGGAUAAUCGAUCGGCCGACGGGUACGUACUACUGUGAUCGACGAUGUUGACGUGUAUCACGUGUAAGCAAAAGAUCGACGAUGAUGGAGGAGAGGAGGGCCCACGAGGGACGCCCCGAUCGAAGGACUCCGUCAAAAGCCUGACGGCGCAGAUAAAGGAUAUAGCAUUGAAGGUGUCAGGUGCCUACAAAUGCAAGUCCAGCACACCAACAUACAGCAAAGGAGGACACCACAGACCAUACCCGGACCUGGAUACAAUCUCAGAGGGGGUCCCACAUCCCUUCCAUCCCUCAAGCUCAAGCUCCACACCUGCUUGGGACUACACUAAAACUGGGUACCAGAACUCGAAGAUGUCCAUUGGGUGUGAGUCUGGAGUUGGGCUUGAUGAUGACAGUGAGCCCAAGGAGUGGAUAGCCCAGGUGGAGCCCGGUGUCCAGAUCACUUUCCUCUCUCUUCAAGGCGGCGGCAAUGAUCUCAAACGAAUCCGUUUCAGCCGGGACAUGUUUGACAAAUGGCAAGCACAGAGAUGGUGGGGUGAGAAUUAUGACAAAAUUAUGGAGCUUUACAAUGUCCAGAGAUUCAAUCAGCAAGCAUUUGAAACUCCUGCCCGUACUGAGGAUGGGAGAGAUUCAACAUAUUCUCGGCUGGGAUUGGUGAGGGAGAGCCCGAUGAUGACUCCAGCGACAGCGCAAAGGAACUACUACAAAGCCGGGGGAGGAGGAUACGGCGGAAACGCCAUGGAUUCGUCCAGAACCACCACCGACUCGAGAGAGGAAGCUUCCAUUUCCGUCAGCAAUGCAAGCGAGAUGGAAUCAGAAUGGGUGGAAGAAGACGAGCCCGGAGUUUACGUCACCAUCCGUCAACUCGCCGACGGCACUCGUGAGCUCCGCCGUGUCAGAUUCAGCCGAGAACAAUUUGGGGAGGUGAAUGCCAAGGCUUGGUGGGAACAGAACAGGGAUAGGAUACAAGCAACAUACCUUUAGGACUACUACUACUUCAAAAAUACAAAAACAAGAACAAAAAAGCUUCUGAGUUCUACCUAAGGUAGUCAGUCAAGUCCUCUAUCACACAUUUGGAACAUGGUAGGAGACAGACAUAUAUAUAUAUAUAUAAACAUUAAUCCGUAAUGUAGAAGUUUCUUUCGGUGUUCUUUUUAUGUUUUUAGUUAAUUUAUGUUCACAAUGUCAAGCGUGAUAUCUAAAUCUUAGAUAUCUCGCUAAACAUUAUGAAGAAAAAAUAACUAAAAACAUGGAAGAUUAUGAAAAGAAACUCCGUUUUUUUUAUUUUUUAUGUGUCUGUUUCUCGAUGGACACCAUUUUCAACUCCGAGUAACACUCCCGGCAUGGCAUGGCAUGGCGGGGCGUGGCCUAUUUUGCCUUUCUUGUUAUAUUGAUUGAUUGCUAUAUCAAACAACUAGACUACUUACUGCUUACUUACGUACAUGUAAUUACAUUAUGACUUCGAGAACAGAAAAAGAAACACUAGAAUUUCUUUAGGGCCUUGUUUUGCUUUUAUUGGUAUGUGGAUCUUCAGAGCAUUCCUCUCCUUUUUAUUGGGUAAACCUAUUAUUACAGAUUUACAGCUUUUUCUCC